AGGUAAGUAUAUUUUGUAAAUUUAUUACAUUUCAUUAAAACACAUUAAACAUAUGCCUUCACUCUGUUAAGAAUCCAUUAUCCAUUAUCUUUGGAAUAUUGCGGUUUACCCAAUCCUAUGAUAUUACAAGCUACCAUUAGAAAAUUACAAACUGAACUUGAAAAAUUGCAAUCUACACGAAUAAAUAAAGAUUUUCAGAAACGUGUUGAGCAACUGACAAUUGCGAAUCAAAAGCUUAUACAAGAAAAUAAUAGGCUUAAAAAUGGAGGAAAAGGUUUAAAACAUUUAUUGGAAUCAAUAAAAUCGUUAGAGAAUAAUGUCGUUAAGGAACGUGCGUCCUUUCAAAUGCAAAUUCAAAAACUUAAAGCCGAAAAUGCAGCUUUGUUAUUGAAAGUACAGCAACUUACUGCAUCUGCUAAUAGAAAACCAGGAGAUGGUAGUCCAGCAUUAAAAUGUCAUAACCGUACAUCUUCUACGCUUAGACGAAGCAGAAGUCGAUCUUCUUCAAUUUCAAGUCGUAAUAAAACUUCUAGUUUAUCACCAGGUGUAAAUCAAAGCUAUCAAUUAACGUCAAAAAUUUUAUUUGUAUAAUUUUCCUAAAACAAUUAUUAAUAUGUAAUAUAUUAAUAUAAUUUAAUUGAUAACUACAGGGAGUUCAUUAGAAUCGAUUAGAGUUCAACGAUCUCAUUGCCGAAAUUCGAAAGUAUAUAAUAAUAAAACAAAGAAUUCAAGUUAGUAUUUGAUCUACGCUUAAUUAUAAAGUUCAUAUACGGUAUGUUCUGUUUAACUGGAAAUGUUCGGAUAUCUGGAAAAAUAUGAACAAAUAUUUCAGAUGAAAAUUGUAUCAAGGGGAACAUCCUGUGCUUUUUGUUAUUUAUUUGACCUCGCGAUAACCUUGAAACAUCCUGUAAAGGUGACAUUAAAAUUUUUAAAUAACGCCUCCAUUUUUUGUAACAUAUUCUUGUAGAUAACAUUCAGACGUUUUUAAAACACUACGAACUUGUGUCUUUUGUACCAUCCGCUAACGAGAUAUAAAUUUUCAAAUUCGACAGAACAAUACAGGGAAUUAUCUAAGUGCGACUGCUCUCAGUUGACUGCUUUGGAAUCAUUAAAAAAACUGCGGCCUUGUGUUUCGGCAAUGCCAUACUAAUAGUAGCAUUAUGGAAAAUAUCUUUAAAUAUCCCCGUGAUAUAUCUCAGGCAACGUCAAUGCCUGCAGGACAAAUUUUAAAAUUUCGAAUUUUAAAGUUGAUACGUCAAUAGUGAUUGGUGCAAAAGAUAAGAGUUUGUAGUAUUUUGAAAAUAUCUGAAUGUCAGCUACCAGAGUAUGUAAUAUAAAACGGAGGUAUCCAUUUAAAUAUUUUAAUAUCACCUUUACUUUUCAAAGUCAUCUUUUGUGCGACACAUUUUUUCGUAUUAUUCGUAUGUUUCCAGUUAAACAGGACAUACUAUAUAAUCAACCCUAAAAUUUUUUACCAUAGAAAUCGAGUUUGAAAAUUUGGAGACAAGAAUUCACACAUUACAGAAAAUGUUGAAAGAAGGGAUAAGCAUAAAGUAAUAAAUGAAUCAAUUUUUAUGAACAAUUAACAAAUAUAUAUGCUAAGAUGUAUUUCGUUUUUUAUUAUUGUUAUUAUUAUUCUAUUUUUCAUAUAAUACAAUUUAAUUGAAUGUAAAUAGAUUAAUUACCUCACUAUUUAAAAUAGUGAAACUUGAAACACUUUUAUAGAUGUAAACCGCUUUUGUUUUUCUGAAACUGUAUGUGUUUUUGAAAAUUAUUGCUGAUAAAGAAAAGAAUAAACUAUACAUGUAUAAACAUAAAUAGAAAAUACUGAAUAUUCUGCAUAAUGAUGCACAAAAUACCAAUGUAGAAUUGUGUUGUAUGUGAUUUUAAUUAUAUAUAAAGUCAUAUAUUAAAUCAAGUA